GGCCAGAUGGAGGACUACCACAAACCAGACCAGCAGACUGUGCAGGCGCUCAGGAACAUCGCCACCCGGCUCCGGAUCAACUCCAUCAAGGCGACAACUGCAGCGGGCAGCGGUCAUCCCACAUCAUGUUGCAGCACAGCAGAGAUCAUGUCUGUGCUCUUCUUUCAUACCAUGAAGUACCGACCUGAAGACCCCCGCAACCCCAACAACGACCGUUUCAUCCUCUCCAAGGGUCAUGCAGCUCCUGUGUUGUACGCCGUGUGGGCAGAGACCGGCUACCUGAAGGAGAACGAGCUCUUCAACCUGCGCAAGGUGGACUCCAUCCUGGAAGGACACCCAGUGCCGAAGCAGCAGUUUGUGGAUGUGGCCACUGGAUCUCUGGGUCAGGGCCUGGGAGCUGCCUGUGGGAUGGCGUACACCGGGAAGUACUUUGACAAGGCCAGCUAUCGGGUGUUCUGCCUGCUGGGUGACGGAGAGAUGUCCGAGGGCUCAGUGUGGGAGGCCAUGGCUUUCGCCUCCUUCUACCAGUUGGACAACCUGGUGGCCAUCUUGGACAUCAACCGCCUGGGUCAGAGCGAACCGACUCCGCUGCAGCACCAUGUGGAGAAGUACCAGCGGCGCUGCGAGGCCUUCGGGUGGCAGGCUGUCAUCGUGGACGGCCACAGUGUGGAGGAGCUGUGUAAGGUGCUGAGUCAGCCCCGCCACCAGCCACUGGCCAUCAUCGCCAAGACCAUCAAGGGCAAGGGCAUGUCAGUGGCUGAGGAUAAGAUGGGCUGGCACGGCAAACCCCUGCCCAAAGACAUGGCCGAGAGCAUGAUCAAGGAGCUGCAGGGCCGCAUCGUCAGCUGCAGCAAGCGUCUGUACCCUGCUCCGCCGAUCGAGGACGCGUCGCCCGUCAGCCUCCGCAACAUCCGCAUGCCCAGCGCACCCAGCUACAAAUCUGGAGAAAAGAUGGCCACGAGGAAGGCGUACGGCAUGGCUCUGGCCAAGCUGGGUCGCUACAACGAGCACGUGGUGGUUCUGGACGGAGACACCAAGAACUCCACCUUCGCCGAGCUCUUCAAGAACGAACACCCCAACCGCUACGUGGAGUGUUACAUCGCAGAGCAGAACAUGGUGAGCGUGGCGAUGGGUUGUGCCGUGCGCGACCGUAACGUGGUGUUCGCCAGCACCUUCGCCACCUUCUUCUCUCGAGCCUACGACCAGCUGCGCAUGGCCGCCAUCUCUGAGAGCAACAUCAACCUCUGCGGCUCCCACUGCGGCGUCUCCAUUGGGGAGGACGGACCCUCUCAGAUGGGUCUGGAGGAUCUGGCCAUGUUCAGAGCCCUUCCCACUGCGACCGUCUUCUACCCGAGCGACGGUGUCUCCACUGAGAAGGCCGUGGAGCUCGCCGCCAACACAAAGGGUUUGUGUUACAUCCGAACAAGUCGCCCAGAGAACAACAUCAUCUAUAACUGCAAUGAGGACUUCCAUGUUGGUCAGGCAAAGGUUGUGUACAAAACCAAUGAUGAUCAUGUGACUGUGGUCGGUGCAGGAGUGACCCUUCAUGAGGCUCUGGCUGCUGCUGAGAUGCUGAAGAAAGAGAGAAUCAACAUCCGUGUGAUCGACCCUUUCACCAUCAAACCCCUGGACUCCAAGACCAUCAUUGACAACGCCAGGGCAACCAGAGGACGCAUCAUCACAGUGGAGGACCACUACUAUGAAGGUGGUCUGGGUGAGGCUGUGUGCUCGGCUGUCGUCAACGAAACCGGCUUCACCGUCCAGCGCCUGGCAGUGUCCCAGGUGCCACGCAGCGGGAAGCCCCAGGAGCUGCUCCGGAUCUUUGGCAUUGACCGUGACGCCAUCGUUCAGGCGAUCCGUAAAAUGCUCAGCACCUCCGCCAACGCCAAGUGA